AUGCGCAGCUCUCGGUUGCAAAUGAAGAGCUUACAAGAGAAGUCAACUGCACUCAAGGAAGUUGUGAAGGCUCUACAAGUCGAAUCAGAGAAGCCACAGAAGAAGGGCCACCCUGAGGUAAAACGCUUGGUCCAGCCUUUGUUCUCCGAUCGAUGUGGAAUCGAAUCGUCCAUGGGGAGGAACAAACGUACCGAAGUGUUAAUAAUGCAGGUGAAACCGUUAGCAAAUGGUAGCGCUUACGAGAAGCGUCAGGGUGAAGGAGGUACAGCGGAUGAAGGAGCAGAUGAUAAGAUCUGGCACCCCAAUUGGUUAGGUCAAGUCGAUGAUGACGUGAAUGUCAAGUUCAUUGAGGAAAUAGUCAACCGCGUCUACAACAAUGAGAAGCAUUGUCGUGAAAACGAUCAUCUAAAGGUGGAGAUCCCUGAUGAUGACUUCGACAAGAAAGUCAUUACCCAGUGUACGAAGGAUUAUUUUAGAAACCUACACAAGCAGGCUAUGAGCAACAGCGACACCUUGAAAACCCAAAAGGCUAAUCAGAAGAAGGAAUACGGGCGCCAAAGGGCACGACGUCAAACAGUUACCAAGAGCCGUCGUGCAGCUGCGCUUAUCUAUGAGAAAGAGACGGGGAAGGAGGGUGCAGUCGCAAUGAUUGACACCGAUUUCGCAUCAGACAUUUUGUCUUACUUGGAAGACGACUUGAGCGAAAAUACAUUAACCAGGCGGAUGAAGUCAGGAGCAGGGAACUCAGCAAAUAUGGUUGUGGGAUUGGAGUGGCGAUCUGUGGAUUAUGUUUCAUUUUUGCGCUUCCUCACUUUGCGACAAAUGAAGGGGAACAACAAAGCCACCACUGCGAGUGCAUCUACUAAUGAAACAAGUACCUCCCAGCCUCCAAAAAAGCGUCGCAAAACUGCAGAAGGGAGCACUAGGUCGAAGAGAAUCGUGAAAAAGACAUUUGACAUCAGCCCAGAGCAAAUGAAUGAGGACACACCAUUGUCUGCCAGAAAGAAUUUGCCAUUUGACAACAUGGUUGCCGACAGCUGGAAGAACAGCCACCCAGAUAUGGAGAUGCUUGAGGGAGUUCCAUGGCUUAGGGGAUUCUGGGCUUCGUUGACAAGAGAUGACGUGAUAAAGGAGGACUACAAGUACUUGGAAGAGCUGGAGGAAUGGCACAAACAAACGGGGAUGAGGGAGAUGAGAGCAGUGACCGAAGAAUUAUCUUGA